AUUAAAAUCAAGCUGAUUACAAGAGACACCAAAAAAAAGGAUAAAUAUCUCAGACCUGACAAGCAUGGUAUUGUCCGUCAAGCUGUGAUCAAAUUUGAAGGCGUGCACAAUCAUCACAUCUUAAGUGCGGACACACUUCGAUUAAAUCGAGUAGAUCCAUCGACUGCCGCUCUGUUCGACAAAUAUUUUGACGAUGGGAGUACAGCUGCUCAAGCAAAGAAACGUCACGAAGACUUACUUAUCAGCAAUGAUGAUUUUGUGAAUCUUGCUGAUGCUAAUAUUAACCCUACCAAAAGAACUGUCUCCUAUUUGUUUGACAAAUGGUCAAAUAAGCAAUUUGGUGUAAAAUCUUUAACACCAAUUGAAAAGACUCAAGAAAAAAUUGCUUCUGGAGAUUACAUUUCAAGAGAUGUUCUUGUUAAGACUUCAAUGGAGGAUGGCGAGUGGUGCAUCCUCAUUGUGACACCCUUGAUGAAAAGGGUGCAAGAACUGCCGCACUCUGGUGAAACACUCUUCCUUGAUUCAACCUCACAUGUUGAUGUGACUCACUGCACCUUUACAUCAAUGUGCUCUGCCACAAAAGCUGGUGCAAUGCCACUUUGCAUUUUGCUGCAAAGCCACCAGACUCAGACUUGCUAUGAGAUGGCCUUUAACUUGUACAAGAGAGAAUGUCCAAAAGGAUUUGGUGGCUCUGAGGCGCCUAGUGUCGUAAUGACAGAUGACAGUUCUGCGGAACGAAAGGCGGUUGAGUCGGUGUGGCCAACAGCACGUAGGUUGCUAUGUGUGUUUCACGUACUCUCGGCGGAGUGGAAGUGGCUCCUUUCCAACUGCAAUAAAAAUGAUAGGCAGAAAUUAAUGAAUCUAUAUUACAAGGCUGUCUAUGCUAACACAUUGGAGGAAUUUGAAAGUGCUUCGGAGAGCAUUUUAGCUCAAAAUGAGGCGCAUCCUAAGUAUGUGAAACGCUUUCAAAAGUUUGCAAAACGAGUGGAAGAGUGGGCUAUCUAUGCACGAGUUGGUGCUAUGAAUAGAGGCAAUGAUACCAACAACUUUGCUGAGACUAGUAUUAAAAUUGCUAAAGAGGCUGUUAUGCAAAGAAUGAAAGCUUAUAACCCUGUGGCUCUGAUCGAGUUUGUUAUCGUACCGAUGGAUGACUAUUACAAGAGACGAUUGCUUGACCAUGCACACAACCGACAUUCGGCACAUUCACUGGUUUUCGACAAGAUGCUUAAGCGAGCUUCGUCCAUUGACCCCAACAAGAUCAUCAAAAUUGACGAAAACCUAAUACAGCGUGCCAAGUUCAAUCUCAGCUGAGACGUUUUAUGAAGUCAGAACAGACAGUGGAUUUUGCUCCUGCAAAUCUGGGGAGAGGGGAGCUUUUUGUAAGCAUAUGGCUUUGCUUGUGAAGUAUAAAAAGGCAGCAAUUCCCUCAGCUCCACCACUCCUCAGUUCUGACCGAAAACUUCUAGCCAAAGUGGCCCUUGGCGACAAAACCCUGCCGACUAGCUUCUACUUAGGGCGAACUGAGGUUGCGUCACCUACUAGCUCUCCACAAAAAGGAAAUCAAUGCAAUAGCCAUGACGAAGCAUCUGAUGACAAUGAAGAUGAGUUUUUUUACAAUAAUGAGAUGGAAGUUGCUACAGAGACAGAGGAAAAUGUCUUUGAUGAAGCCGACAGGGCCGAAAAGAGGAAGCAGCUGGAGAACGACUUCAGCGACUUCCUCGACUUAGCUUUGGUUAAUAUUUCACCUGAACUUGUUGAAAAGAUGGGAAAGGCACUCCGAAAGCCAAAAACUACUCCAGCUGCUCAAGCUGCUUUGGUGGCUUUUUACAGAGCUGUCAACUCUGUGCUGUCCAAGAAGGGUCGCACUGGUGUUAAUCCAUCUGGUCGAGCAAGGCGUCGAGUAGGAGUAUCCAAGGGAGCAGCUCAAAUCGCAAGUGGUCGACCUCCGAAGUCUCAGUCGGAUAACAAUGGUCCUAAAAAAAGAAAGAGAGAUCUCAGUCAGGCUGUCAAGGACAACUGUGCAAAUGCAAAAUCGCAUUAAAUAGUCAUAUGCAUCACAU